GAUCACCACAAUAAAAUAGAGGUACGGAGAGAAAGAAUAGAACUAUUCUUAAUAUGACUAGAAGAAUGUUGAAAGCCAAAAGCAUGCCCAAAGAAUUUUGGGCUGAAGUGAUUUCCUGUGCAGUAUAUUUGUCUAAUAAAUCUCCAACAUCAAGUGUGAAAGACGAGACUCUCCAAGAAGUAUGGAGUGAAAUGAAGGCUAAUGUCAACCAUUUGCGAGUUUUUGGAAGCAUUGCACAUGCUCAUAUACAAUAUAUUGGUCUGACAGAUCUCCAACAUUAAGUGUAAAAGACAAGACUCACCAAGAAGCAUGGAGCGAAAUAAAGCCUAAUGGAACCAUUUGUGAGUUUUUGGAAGUAUUGCACAUGUUCGUGUUGCACAACAAGAAAUAUCUCAUGUCACACAUGUUUUCAUUGGGUAUGAUGGAAAUUCAAAAGGUUACAAAUUGUACAAUCCAAACAAUGACAAAAUUGUGGUGAGUAGAGGUGUUGAAUUUGAUGAAAAGGCGGCAUGGAAUUGGGAGAAGCAAGAAUAAAAUAUAUGAUUUCUUUUCAUAUUUUGAAAAGCAAGGUCAAGAGACCAUGGUGCAUUGGCAAGAGAUAACUCCACCCCCUUCUCCGACUCAUGUUGCAUCACCUACUUCUCAAGGAAACUCAAUUGAAGGGCCACGAAAAAUGAAAAACAUUCAAGAUUUAUAUGAUGAAACUUAGGAGAUCAUUAACUUUGACAUAAAUAAUUUGUUGUCUUUUCCUUGACAGUGAACAAAUGAAUUUUGAUGAAACCAUUGGUUUAUAAGAUCUAUGUGAAGAGCAUUUAAGAUCUAUAUGAUGAAACUGAGGAGAUCACUAACUUUGACAUAAAUAAUUUGUUUUGUCUUUUCCUUGAAAGUGAGCAAAUGAAUUUUGAUUAAACCCUGAAAGUUGCAAGAUGAAGACAAGCCAUGGAGAACAAGAUCAAAUCCAUAUAAAAGAACAACACAUAGGAGUUAUUAACUCAUCCUAAAUGACAUAAAGGUAUUGGCGUUAAAUGAGUCUAUAAGGCAAAGAAGGAUUCUCAAGGAAAUGUGAAAAGAUACAAGGUAAGACUUGUGGCUAAAAGAUACAAGCAGAAGCAAGGAGUUGAUUAUGAUAAGUUUUUUGUACUAGUUGCUCGCAUAGAGAUUGUCUGUUUGCUAUUAGCUAUUUCAGCUCAAAUGAAGUGGAAAAUUUUUCAACUUUAUGUGAAGUCAGUAUUUCUCAAUGGCUAUCUUAACGAGGAGGCUUAUAUAGAGUAACCAUUGGGUUUGCAGUUGAAGGGCAUAGAAAAAAGGUGUUGAGAUUGAAAGAAGUUUUAUAUGGGCUAAAGCAAGGGGCAAGGGUAUGGAAUAACCAUAUAAAUAAGUAUUUUGAAGAUAAUGGGUUUGUUGUUGUCUUCAUGAUUAUACUCUUUAUGUGAAGUAUCAUGCUGCUGGUGAUAUUUUAUUUAUAUGUAUGUAUGUGGAUGAUCUCAUCUUCAUUAGCAACAACACAAUCUUGUUUAAAGAAUUCAAGAAAUGACUGAUUUUGGGUUCGUGUCUUACUAUUUGGGCUUAGAGGUGAAGCAAAUGGAAGAUGAUAUUUUUAUUUCUCAAGAAAGUUAUGCAAGAGAAGUCUUAAAAAAAUUCAAAAUGCUUAAUUGCAAUAUUGUGACCAAUGAAUUAGGGAAUCAAGUUAUUAAAGUUUGGUAAUGGGAAAAAGGUUUAUCCCACUCUCUUUAAAGGUCUUAUGAAAAGUUUGAGAUACCUAACUUUUACGAGACCUGGUGUUCUUUUUGCAGUUAGACUAAUAACUUGUUUUAUGGAAGUUCGUACCACCUCUCACAUGAAUGUUGUUAAAAGAAUUCUAUGGUAUCUUAAAGGUAUUAUUGAUUUUGGGUUAUUUUAUUAACUGUCUAAUAAUUUUAAGUUUGUUGGAUUUUGUGAUAGUAAUUUUGCUGGAAAUGUUGAUGAUGGAAAAAGUACAACUGAUUUUAUAUUUUUUAUGGGUGAUUGUGCAAUUAUAUGGAGUGCUAAGAAGCAAGUCAUCAUCACAUUGUCAACUUGUGAAUCUGAAUAUGUGGUGAAAAUGAAUAGAUGCAUGCAGAUACAGAAAUAUCUUGUAAGAGAUUAAGAUUUCUCAAGUGAUGGCAGAUCAAUAGAAGAGGCAGUUGAAAGUUGGUACUAGGCAGAGGAAUCAAUUGUUAGUCACGGAUCACCUGUUUCAGACCAGAGAAUGCCCGAGAAUGGCAGACCACCAUUCAUAUAAUACAUGCUAGUUUUGUCUUUUAAAAUGACUAAAAAGGGUCAUUAGGGUAAACAAAUAAAAUGGCGUGGCGGUGCCGGGCCAAAACCAAAGAGGAUCAAUACUUAAGGAACGAAGGGUACAUAUCCUCCUCUUAUAACCAUGUCAAGAGAUUUAGAUAUAGCAUGCGGCUACAAGGCCAGACCUUCAGGUUGGUUAAACUCGAUCUUUAUGGAAACAGUGAACAUGGCUGCAAAAACGCUCGUGUCGGUAGCAUCAAACUCAAAAGCUGAGAAUCCAGAGAAGUGGAAGGCAGCAGAUCACUUGAGAUUCAUGGUCAUGCUAAUGACAUGGUUCACCGUGUGGGUUCUUAGGGCCUUGGUGGAUCAUUUCCCUUUUAAUAUUGGCUCCCAACAAUGUCUUGCAGGAGGAUUAUCGCCUGCCGGAUCAUUAGACUUGCCACCACCACCACCAUCAUCAGCGUUAACUACACUCUCAUCUCCAAGUUCAUCCUGGGAUUUGAUUGUCCAUGAAGAUGUUGAUGUACCAUCUGUUAAAGCUCUUGGCAGAGCACUCUCUCAUGUCUUGGCACUCUUAAAUGAGAUACCAGCGACUUCAAGGAAAUACCAGUUUGCAAUGGCAAUGGCGGACAAGAUCAUUGAGGAGAACUCAAGGGACGGUCACCCUGAACUCCUCCAUGUCAACCGCACGGCCUUGGCUGCUGCCUUUGAUCGGACGGCGUCCCUCCUCUACAGCUCCCUUCAACGAGGCUCCUAUAAGGAAGAGGACGACUACUCGAGCAGUGGCUGGCACAUGCGAGCCGUCAGGACUUUUCCUCUGGGCUCCUACUUGACGUCGUACGUGAAGGGACUGAGCAGGGUGCUGGGGAUAGCCAUGUCGUUGGUGGAUGGCAGCACGUGGGGAUCGCAAAAGAAAAGAGCAGGGGGAGUUGGCGGAGAAGGCUAUCAUGGGGACUACUAUGGAGAUGUUCUUGCAGAGAAACUAGCACAAGAAUUGCUAUGGCUCACUACCAAGUUCAGAGCUCAUGGAGAUAUCUGCGAAGCUUUUGAGCAAUGGAGUUAUGCUUCUGGUUUGGCUGCUGUCUCUCUCACUGCCACCCCAAGAGUUCAAGGUUUCAUUGUUAAGAUAUCAGCUAUACUUAUAACCGAGAUGGCUACAGAGAACCUGAAGGUUCGAAGACAAAUCAAGUUCAGGUUGCUGGUUCUUUGGCUUCCAUUGCUUUGUCAUGCAGGCAAUGGUGUGGCAUAUCCAGUGUUGACAAGCUUUGAGAAGUUGGAGCUUGAGAGAGCCAUGGAUGAAGUGAUCUCAAGCUUACCUGCAAUGGACCAGGAGGUCAUCCUCACCAAUUGGCUACAAGACUUCGCUGAGUCUCCUUCCGAUUGGCCUAAUCUCCAAUUCACUUACGAUCGCUGGUGCCAAUUCACUCGCAAACUUGCGACGUAGUAGUCUGUCUACGCAUAGAUAUAGAAACAUAUAUAUAUAUAUAUAUAUACAUACUCCAUAUAAUUAGUAUUUGUCAACCCUUAUGAUGCUUUAGAAUUACAGUGAAUCAUCAUGAUUUGAGCUCUUUCAUUGUUAAAAUUUAUAGAGUGCAAAGUAAUGGGUUUUUACCCAA